AUGUACGGCCGGAACAAGACGAAAGUCAAGCCUGGUACGACGCGCGACCCGGCAGCUACCCCUCAGUGGACGGCGAGGAAGUCCCAGAACCCAGUUCAGGCUAUUCGCAACGUGGGCAUGCAUCGAAAUCCAGCAAGCGAUCCUCUCACAAGGCGCCGCGCAGCGGCACCAAAACGCUGCCCAAGGGCUGCCCGAGCGAGUUUGUCGUCUUUCCUGCCCAGCAGUCUGGGCUCCCCGGAGCCCUACGUUACAGCCCGUGCCGUCAUUGACCCCGACUACCAUGGCGACCCCCUUCUCAGCAACGCCCUCGUGCCCACGUGGGGAACGCCCUCGUCGAUUGUCACGAAUUUGUGCCCUUCACUGGCGAGCCCAACUCCGACGACAUCGCUCGGCCACUGCAAGUGA